AUGUUCUAUACCCUGCUCUUGGUUCUUGUUUGCCUUUUUUUCUUGAUUUAUCGCCGUUGGCUGCAUCCUCUGUCGCACUUUCCAGGGCCUUUUUUUGCCUCCAUAUCCGGCUUGUACCAAACAUAUUGGAACUUCCAACCCAACUUUCAAGACAACUUUGUAAAGCUUCAUGAAGAAUAUGGACCAGUUGUGCGUUACAGUCCAAACGGGCUUAUUUUCGAAAACCCUCAAUUUCUCCAUGUAGCCUACGGUCGACGUGCGGAUAAGUCUGAUUUCUUCGCGCCAAACUUUGACACGCAUUCGACCUUUACAAGAAAAUACCACGAGGAGCAUGUGGCAUCCAAGAAGGCCAUAGCAACUGCGUAUUCGCACCUCAACUUGCAAUUAUUCGAGUCUCGGAUCAACAACCUGCUGCUGCAAUGGCUCGGAAAAUUAAAUAUAAGCACUCGUGAGAAAGGAAGGACCGACUUUUUGGAAUACGCAAGCUGGUUUACAGCCGAUGCGACAAGCCAAUUGGUCUCUGGGAAGCCAAUCGGGUUUAUCGAAGCGGAAAAGGAUGUGCGCAACUUGCUUUACCACAAUAACAAAUCCUUCGCAUGGAUUAGUUUCCUGUCCAUUCAAGACAACUUCUCCUGGUAUGUCCGUAACACCCGGCUCGGCCGCUAUGCUCUCAUGGCUCGCCCCACGGAUAAGACGGGAAUUGGCGUUUUCAUGCGGGAGCGAGACAGCAUCGUAGACUCGAUAGUAGAUGCCUCUGGCAAAAUAGACCGGGAGACUUUGGUGGAAGGAAGCCUCUUGUGGUCGUUUCUGAAUGCCGAGCAUCAGGGCAGUAUUUCUAUGACAGACGUCAGGGCAGAGGUACUCUUUGCGUUGCUAGCCGGUUCCUCCGUCACUCCUUCCAACCUAUGGUCAAUUGUGUUUCUCAUCUCCAGAGACCAAAGCAUCAAAGACAGGCUAUACCACGAACUUUGCCACGCCGAGGAAACAGGCCUGAUAUACCCUACAAGCAUCGUGUCUGAGGGUCAAGUAAAGAAGCUACCAUAUCUUUGCGCGUGCAUUCAAGAGGGCCUUCGCUACACCCCGACCAUCUCCCAACUUCCUCGGCUUUCUCCCAGAAAAACAGGCCUAGUUCUAGAUGGAAAAUACGUACCACCAGGAUUCUCUGUCUCUACAAGCCCGUGGGUGAUAGGGCGCAGCAAGGACCUCUACGGUGAAGACUCGAGCAUAUUUCGACCAGAGCGAUGGUUGGAAGCCUCGCCUGGUCAGUUGCGUAAGUGGCAGCGGUAUUCGUUCCACUUCGGCUACGGCGCGCGAAAAUGCUUGGCCAAAAACUUUGCGCAUUUACAACUUCAGAAAGCAAUAGCGGAGAUUUUUCGGCGCUUUGAUGUGCAAGUCGAGGGGUCGGCACAAGGCAACAGCGCCGGUAAGCCGACAACAAGAAACUUUCGCUUUCUUUCGCGAAAAUAA